AUGCUAAAAGGCGCGGCUUACAUAAACGGGCAAUUCGUUGAAUCGGCAACUAAACUAACCAUUGUCGGUGCUUUAAAACAAAAGCCAAUUGGAACGGUUCCCCAGCUAAACGCUGAACAAAUUAACUUGGCUUUUGAAGCAGCGUCGGCAGCUUUUAAAACUUGGUCGUUCACUGAAUGGGAAAAACGAGCCAAAACGUUAAAACGGUUGGGCGAACUCUUAAAGGCCAACUCGGAAAAAAUUGCCAAAACAAUGGAGCAGGAGAUCGCUAAACCGCUUGCUCAAGGUCAGCAAGAAGUGCAAAGAUCAAUCGAAUACAUUGACUUGACAAUCGCGGCGUACCGGAAAAUAAGGCGUAAAAAAGUGACCGUCGCAGGCAAAACCGCCACUAUUUACCGCGUCCCGCUCGGCGUUGUUCUCGCUAUCUCCCCUUUUAAUUACCCGGUUAAUUUGUCGCUCAGCAAAAUCGUGCCAGCUUUAUUAGCGGGCAACGCGGUCGUCUUCAAACCAGCCACCAACGGCUCGCUAGUCGGUUACAUUUUAGCGACCUUGUUUGCUGAUCUUGACCUACCGCCGGGCGUUUUUAAUUUUUUGACCGGCUCAGGCAGUCAAAUUGGCGACUUAUUAACCCAGCAUCCAGCCGUAAGUAUGAUCAGUUUCACGGGCGGUAUCAAGGUCGGAAGGCGGAUCGCCCAGCUAAGACCGCUCAUUCCGAUUGUGCUUGAGUUAGGCGGCAACGACGCGGCUUAUGUUCGACAUGACGCGGAUUUAAAACUGGCGGCGCAGUCAAUCGCCAAAGGAGCCUUUGGCUUUGCUGGUCAGCGGUGCACAGCGGUUAAAAGAUUAAUUGUCCACGCCGAUGUUAAGAAGACUUUUGUGCCACUUUUAAUCGAGGCCAGUCGCGAGUUGCCCACUCUGCCGCUAGUUAACACCGCUGCGGCCGACUGA